UUCUUGGUGACAACACGAAGAAUAAGACACAUUUUUGUUUGAAAUAUUUGCACUUACAUUGAACUCAUGCGUCUUCUGGCACGAUGAAAGAUUUUGUCACGGGAUAAACAGCAAUUCUAUGUAGGAGACUCUGAACUGCUGUUAAUAUCUUUUUAAUUACGGUAUCUCACACCAACAAUUGACUGACUUAGUGGACCGAAGAGAGCGAUGUCAGCUUCCACAAUCGAAAUGCAUUGAUUACUUGUGACGGGGUCAUAAUUUUCGUUACUUGAAAAAAUGUUAUUUCACAAAUUUAAUUUUUUCGGUGAGGUAACGUAAACCAGUGAAGGUAGCACUUAGUCGAGUGCCCUGGGGCUACUUCAAUGGAUCAUGACGGAAUGUUGUUUACAUUUGAAGGGACAUAAACAAGGUGCGUAUUGUGUUUGAAGACUUGUCACUAAUACUGAUGCAAGCGAAACGAAGGUUUGCGUGUUCUACUAAAAUAUUGUCGUGAUGCGCGCUGAUGACUUUUGAGAUAGAAAGAUACAUAGAGGAGGAUUAAAGCACACGAACAGGAAAAAAAGGAUUCACUUUCGAAGCUAUAAGGAGAACAAGUCGGCGUCAAAUGAGCGACGGCCCGAAAGAAGGCGUGAAGGAGGUGUGUAUACUCGAGGCAUGUACAAACUUUGACAUGGAGUCAAAUAUAUCCACAUCAAAGAUUGCUCAGGAUUUUGAAGGAAUAACUCUUGCAAAGAACACUGCUAUGCGUAGAAGAAGGCAUUCAUUGUUCGAGACAAAAGAGUUGCCCAAGAUACGAGAGGGAGACCAUGGUGUCGCCGUCAUGACACAUGCUGAUUAUCCUUUGCGGAGUCGCUCGAAAUCCCUUCCGUUCGAACCUGAAAAGCGAAAGAUUCCAAUUGGAUUCGAGCAAGAAAAUGUCAGAAAGCUUCUCCAAGAGGUUUUGGAGAGUAAACUUAAAGGAAGAAGUUACGUAGCGAGCGAAUGCGCAGCGUUAACACGAGAACUAGUAGACAUUAUGCGCGACAAAGUUGCAGCACUCGAUUUGAACAAAUACAAAUUUAUUUGUACUUGCUGUAUUACGCAAAAACUCAAACCGCCUCUUGCCAUGCAAAGUGGCUGCGCCUGGGAUGAAAGCACGAUAGGGAUUGAUAAAGACGGUUUCGCUGAAUUUGUUUACAAGAACGACGAUCUCAUCGCAGUUGCUACGGUUUAUGGAGUUCACGCUCAGAAGAGGACGCAAAGACAGAGGUGCAUAAAGAGUAUCAAGGGAUCCAUUUACUCGCCCAUCCCAGAGUGAACCUUCCAAGGAAAAUUUUGCUUGCAGGGAACAGGUGAUAUCAAUUCCCAUAAAGGACAUUAAAAAUAUGAGACUGGCGAAUGUAAUAAACAACUGUUUCCUCGACAGUGCUGGUCUAACGAUACUGAUGUAAAAUGUUUUUGUAACUGAAGUAGUUAAAAUAACAAACUAGUUGACAAAAGUGACAAACGUUACGUCUUGAAUUUUCGAUUUGUUUUGGACAAUCAAUAUCGUAAACGAUGCGGAUAAUGGUCGAAUAAUAGAGUUCUUGCUAUGAUAUGUAUUAAAUCAUGUCGUAGUUUUCGCAAGACUGAUCCAAAAAAGGAACAAAAAACACCUACAUUUCUAACAUUUGAUGCAAAAAUUGUCUGUUACAAAAAACGGUCGAAAAAAGUAUAUUUUGAAUACAUAAUCAGAAAAUAAUGGAUUUGAAGCUUCCGAACUUUGUUAGCUGACGAGUUGAUGUAAUAAUAGAUGAUUGACGGCUCUCAAGGCUACGAACUAAUUAUGCCGUGAUAACAACUCUUACGUCGGGGCAUGUGAUAAGUCUUACGUCGAGGCAUGUCACGAAAUACGUGUCAAGCUCGAUUAGUCCGCUGUCUUUAAAUAGCAUCACCAUGUCUCCUACAAAAGGAUUUAAAUACCUCUUAGCUCCAUAGAUCCAUAUAUUUUUGCCACUUUUGGUAUUUUUCCUCAACUGUCACCAGUUUACAGCUUUUUGACUUCAAGUACCAAUCGUUUAUUGACCGGCUGGCCUAAUAAGGAAGACACUUAUAAUUAUCCUGUGAGCCGACUACUUGCUUAUGUCAGUAAGUAAAGCGUGAAAUACGUUUCUGCAUUGAUGUGAUGAUAUUUUGCAACAGCUGGCUCACCAAAGUAGACAUUCUUAAAGGCAAAGCCAAUGCUGUUUAAGGUGGCUUUUACGUUUACUAAUAGCUGGUUACCGACUUAUUUACAAGUAUUUCGCUUAGCUGAAUAAUCGGUUAGUCAGCAAUAGCAAUGUUUCCUCAUAAUAUACGUUACACCUUUGACUACAAGAUUCAGAUUGACAUGGUUUACUAAGAGAUUAGUACACAUAAAAACGAUUAAGAAAAAAUUUAUUUUCA